AUGCAUGGGGCCAUAUAUAAGGAAAGAGGGCUCCUGAAAGCUGGAGGAAAAGGAAUAACAAAUCAGAAUGUGAUUUUAAAGUUACUAGAAGCAGUCUGGGAGCCCAAGGAAAUAUCCAUCAUCCAUUGUAAAGGUCAUCAUAAGGAGAAAGACUCAGUGUCAGAAGGAAACCCAUGUGCUGAUACCCAAGCCAAGCUGGCUGUUAAGGAUAUAGCACCGUCAUGAAUCAUGUUGGCCCCCGAAUUACCUGAACCUCCAAAAUACACUUCUCAUAAAAAAAGAUUGGGCCCAGCAAGAAGAAGGCAAGAGAACAAAGGAAAAAUAGUCGUACAUCCUUAUAAACCUGGAGACCAUGUUUGGUUAAAGGAUUGGAAAAAGGAGCCCCUCAAGCCUACCUGGAAAGGACCCUAUCCAUUCAUAUCAACCACACCCACAGCUCUCAAGGUUUCAGGACUGAACACCUGGAUCCAUCACUCCCGGAUAAAAGCAGCCCACCAGCCAAGUGACAACCAGCCUCAGUGGAAAGUGACCUCUGACCAGAAACACUCCCUGCGAAUCACAUUCAAGAAGACAACUGACCUGGAUGAUGAACCUGCUACAAGGAAUUCAGAAACACCCUGCUGAAUUAUUUCUUACACUAAUAUUUCUUUCUUAUCUUUUCCUAAAGGCUAUAUGCUCUGGUAUUUCUGGAUAAUCAUUGUUUUUAUCUUUAUAAUAAUUCAUAUUUUGUCUUUUUAUGAGUGCCACCAGAACCCGAGACUAGUACCGGGAGGAGAACUCAUCUGCCCUUUCUGGGACACAGAAGCACCAUAAAAUUACAGCUUUCUAUGCAGCAAAGGAGCAAGAUGAAGCUAAGGUUAAUUCUUUUACUGUUAUGGAACUCUCUUAAUUUCGACCACUCCCAGGUCUACACUCUGCCUCUUGAGAGCCUUCUAAGUCCUCAUUAUCUCUACUAAAUGCUUAACCUCACCCUCUCCCUCUUAAAUCAGACCAACCCAGCCUUAGCCAGGGAG